CCCAUCACGCACGGACACGCAGAGGACCGAGAUGUGACUGCAGGUGCGGAGGAGGAAUUACAGUGUGGAUUUGUCUCCGUGAGCCGGAUGAUGGCAGCGCACAGGCGGGGAGUCGUGUUGGCCACGCCGGCCACCUGGGCUGCGGCGCUGCUGCUGCUGCUGGUGGUGGGCAUCACGUCCGUGUGCGCCCUGGAAGACACAGUGAUGGACACGAGGACGGCAACAGCUGAGCUCGGCUGGAUAUCGUUCCCUGCCAAUGGGUGGGAGGAGGUGAGCGGCUAUGAUGAGAACCUCAACACCAUCCGGACGUACCAGGUGUGCAACGUGUUCGAGCCCAGCCAGAACAACUGGCUCCUCACCACCUACAUCGACCGGCGGGCGGCGCAGCGCAUCUACGUGGAGAUCCGCUUCACCGUGCGCGACUGCGCCUCCAUCCCCAGCGUCCUGGGCUCCUGCAAGGAGACCUUCAACCUCUACUACCUGGAGACGGACAGGACCGUGUCCGAGGGCAUCAAAGGGGUCGAGUACUGGGCCAACGCACCUUUUCUGAAGGUGGACACCAUCGCAGCAGAUGAGAGUUUCUCCCAGGUGGAUUUCGGAGGGAGGCUAAUGAAGGUGAACACAGAAGUGCGGAGCUUUGGGCCGCUGUCCAAAGGCAGAGGCUUCCACUUGGCCUUCCAGGAUCUGGGGGCCUGCAUGUCCCUGCUGGCUGUCAGAGUGUUCUACAAGAAAUGUCCCAGCGUGGUGCAGAACUUUGCUUUUUUCCCAGAGACGCUGACUGGAGCCGAGUCCACCUCAUUAGUCAUUGCCAGAGGAAGCUGCAUUCCCAACGCGGAGGAGGUGGACGUGCCAAUAAAGCUUUACUGUAACGGAGAUGGAGAGUGGAUGGUUCCCAUCGGCAGCUGCAGCUGCAAGGCGGGUUACGAGCCGGACAAUGGCAACGUGUGUAGAGCCUGUCCUCAGGGCACCUUUAAGUCCUUCCAGGGGGGAGGAUUGUGUCAGCAAUGUCCGCUGAACAGCCGCUCCACCAUCGAGGCGGCCACCCUCUGCAGCUGCUGGAACGGCUUCUACCGCGGAGACAUGGACAAACCUGAGGACGUGUGCACCAGUGUCCCCUCAGCUCCUCGCAAUCUGGUCUCGGUCGUCAACCAGACGUCGGUGCUGCUGGAGUGGCACACGCCGCGGGACACGGGCCACCGCGCCGACCUGUCCUACAACGUGGUGUGCCGCCGGUGCGUCAGCAACGAGCGCCGGGCGUGCCAGCCGUGUGACGACAGCGUGGUGUUCGUCCCGGGGAGGCGGCGGCUGAAGGACACGACGGCGGAGAUCAGCAAGCUGCGGGCGCACACGUCCUACACCUUCGACGUACAGGCAAUCAAUGGCGUCUCCAACAAGAGCCCUUACCCCGCCCAGCAUCUGUCAAUCAACAUAACAACCAAUCAGGCUGCUCCCUCAGUAGUUCCCAUAAUGCACCAAGUGAGCUCAACCAGCCGCAGUUUCUCGUUGUCUUGGCCACCGCCUGAACAGCCCAACGGAAUUAUCCUCGACUACGAGAUCCGAUACUUUGACAAGUCCCAGUCAUCGCACCUGAACAGCUCCGUGGUCCAGAGCGAGGCGCCCAACAUGGUUCUGGAGGGACUGAGGCCUGGAACCGGCUACGUGGUCCAGGUGAGGGCCCGCACCGUGGCUGGCUACGGAGCCUACAGCAGAGAGAUGCUCUUCCAAACACUCACCGACGAUGAGUAUAAGUCAGAGCUGGGACAGCAGCUCUCCAUGAUUGCCGGCUCUUUAGUGGCUGGAGUGUGUAUCGUCUCAUUGGUUGCUAUCGCCAUCAUCUGUUCCAGGAGACGGCAGCUGAAGGAGACUUUGUACGGUGACAAGAUGCCACAGUACAACACAGGAGAGGCGACUCUGAGGCCUGACAUGUUCAGCGGCCCCACCCCCACCGUGACCUUUCCCACCCUGUCCGAGGGUCACAGUUCACCGGGGGUCAAGAUCUACAUCGACCCCUUCACCUACGAGGACCCCAACGAGGCUGUGCGGGAGUUCGCCAAGGAAAUCGACCCGUCCUGUGUGAAGAUAGAGGAAGUUGUCGGAUCAGGGGAGUUUGGCGAGGUGUACAAAGGCCGCCUGAAGCCCGUUGGGAAAAAGGAAAUAUCCGUGGCCAUCAAGACCCUGAAGGUGGGCUACUCCGAGAGGCAGAGGCGGGACUUCCUGUCCGAGGCGUCAAUCAUGGGCCAGUUUGACCAACCGAACAUCAUCAGACUGGAGGGCGUGGUCACCAAAAGCAGGCCAACGAUGAUCAUCACGGAGAUGAUGGAGAACGGAGCUCUGGACUCGUUUCUCCGGCAGAAUGAUGGCCAGUUCUCUGUGAUCCAGCUGGUUGGUAUGCUGAGGGGCAUCGCGUCUGGAAUGAGGUACCUGGCGGAGAUGAGCUAUGUUCACCGGGACCUGGCAGCUCGAAACAUCCUGGUGAACAGUAACCUGGUGUGUAAGGUGUCCGACUUUGGCCUCUCACGCUAUCUGGAGGAGGACACCUCUGACCCCACCUACACCAGCUCACUGGGCGGUAAAAUCCCCGUGCGGUGGACGGCUCCGGAGGCGAUCGCCUACAGGAAGUUCACGUCCGCCUCUGAUGUGUGGAGUUACGGGAUCGUCACCUGGGAGGUGAUGGCAUACGGAGAGAGACCUUACUGGGACAUGAGCAACCAAGAUGUGAUAAACGCCAUCGAUCAGGACUUCCGGCUGCCGGCGCCGAUGGACUGCCCGGUCGUGCUGCACCAGCUGAUGCUGGACUGUUGGCAGAAGGACAGGAACGCUCGGCCAAAGUUCCCGGAUAUCGUCAGCAUGUUGGACAAGAUGAUACGCAACCCCGCCUCCCUCAAAGCCGGCACCAACAACAUGGCCCCUGGUCCGUCCCAUCAUCCCCUGUUGGACCGCGGAGCUCCGGACCUGAGCCGGCUGAGCUCGGUGGAGGACUGGCUGGCCGCUCUGAAGAUGACCCAGUAUCGAGACUCCUUCCUGGGCUCUGGUUUCACGUCUCUGCCGCUCGUCACACAAAUCACAGCUGAAGAUCUUCAGAGAAUCGGCGUGUCUCUCGCCGGACACCAGAAGAAGAUCCUGACCAGCGUCCAGACCAUGAGGCACCACGACGACGACGACGACCAGUCUCCCACUGAAUCAGUCUAACCACACUGGAGGGAUGCACUAUGAGACU